UGUUGUCAUUUCUCAACUCUCCUUGCUUCUGUGCCCUCUCUGUAAUCUCAGUUUUGCCGUAUCUAUGGGACCCCGCUGUCACCUCCAAAUGGAAUUUUCGGGGUGUAGAAGGUGAAAAUCGUCCCAUAACAGGGUAGUGGACUACCCAACCUUGAUGUCGCUUAGUCCUAAAUCUGUUUCCUCUGUACUUCCUAGAGUGUUCAGUGGGUGGAGACCACAGUUGGUGGGUCCUUAAAGUCUCCGCAGAAUUACCUGAGUGGGAUAAAUUUGAGGAGAAGUUCCUGAAACCGGAAAUUCCUCUGAGGCGUUUCUCCCAGUACUGGGAGUUGCUCUGAGGGAGCCCUCCUCGUGAGGAGUUGGGUUUCCUUGGGAUCCCGAAAAGCAUCUGUUCACUCGGCCGCCAGCCAUACCGAGGUCAUGGUUCAGAGACGCGGAGCCAUGCCGAGCAAUCUCAUGUUGGAACUUCGCCUUCUACUUGUGAUAUUUUGGAGACACAUUCAGCAUGAACAGGAAGUCAGCCAUAGAAGGGUGGGAGACUUUCUGCAGCUCUGCUAGCAGGGACCAUGGAGAGGAAAGAGGAGGAGCUUAAAAGAGGUCACUGGAAUCAGGCAGCUAUGGCUGAGGAGUUUGUGACCCUCAAGGAUGUAGCCAUGGAUUUCACCUUGGAAGACUGGGAAGACCUGGAGUCAGAGCUGGACCAGAGAGAUCUGUUCUGGGAUGCGGCACUGAACAACUACCAGGACCUUUUCUCAUUUACAGACCCUCCGCCACCCAGCCUGAUUUCCCAGCCAGAGGUCAGGGAAGAGCUGGAAGCCACCGGUACUGAAGUGUCUGAGACCAAGAACUCUCCUUUGCAGAAUUAUUUCUUGGAAGAAGACCUCUCCCACAUUAUGGAGAUGUUUUCCAACAAGGAGCUCAACUUUGAAGCCUGUAUAGGUGAGAACUGGUUAGAUAGUUUUCUAGGAGAUCCAGAAAGUCUUCCAAGACCUGUCAUCAGCAGCAAGGAAAGCCCCACAGAUCAUAGGAGUCAUGAGCCCAAGAGUUGCGUCAGUCCUGGGCCUCCCUUUUGCACAACAGAGAAUUCUGUGAUAUCUGAUAUUCCUGGAAAGAACCUCACUCCAGUGAUACUGAAGGAAUCCAGGAGUGUCCCGAGCCAGCACGACUCUGUCCAGGGACAAGAGAAGCUAUAUACGUGUAGUGAGUGUGGGGAAAGCUUCAGCCAGAGUUACCACCUCAUGCAGCACUGGAUUAUCCACGCCAGGGGAGAGCCUCCUGCAUGGCAAGAGCAGCAGCAAGGUCUCAGCCAAGGUACUCACUUUCUCACGCGUCCAGGAACUCAAUCAAGUUACAAAUCCUAUGUGUGUCAGGAGUGUGGUAAAGGGUUUAGUCAGAAUAUGUACCUCCAGUGGCAUCAGAAAAUUCACACUGGAGAAAAACUUUGUAAAACUCCAAGUGACAACCUAGAAAAGCCCUCUAAGAGUCCGAGUGAUGAGCCAGGGAAGCAGUGUAUGAGUAAAGGGGCUGACUCAGCAAAACUGUGUGAACUUCAAGGUUGGGACCAAGAAAAAUCACCUAUUAGUAAAAGUAGUGAACAAGAAAAACUGCAUAAGAGUCAGCUUGGUGACAGUCCGCUCAUUCUUCAUCCAGAGCCUGUAAAGCAUCAGAAAACUCCUACACACGCCAAGUGCUUCAGAUGUAAGAAGUGUGGGAAGACAUUCAGUCGGGCCUUUCAUCUUGCUCAACACCACAAAGCCCACACUCAGAGACUCUAUGAAUGUGCUUCAUGUCCUGCAGUCUUCAACUUAAGGAAGCAUUUCUUCCUGCAUCGCAAAACACAUUUCCCCAGAACUGUCUUCCAGUGUCAAGAAUGCAGAAGGAUCUUUAACCGGAGGUCAGCACUCAUUAAGCACCAGGCUGUUCAUACAGGAGAGAAGUCAUACAAGUGUAAUGAAUGUGGUAAAGCUUUCAACCACUCCUCCACCCUGAAGCUCCACCAGAGGACUCACAGCGGAGAGAAGCCUCACAGAUGCAGUGAGUGUCGGAGAACCUUCAUUCGGAGAGCAGACCUUACAGAGCAUCAGCGAGUCCACUCAGGCUUCAGACCCCACCAGUGUCCGCUGUGUGCCAGGAGUUUUAGCCGGCCCUCACACUUGAGUCGACACCUGCUGAGUCAUGCUGCAGAAAGGCUCUUUGGCUGUGCUAAAUGCAAGGAGACCUUCGGCCAUAAAGAGCAGCUAGAGCGGCACUAUAAAAUCCACACCAUCGAGUGCUCCUACGAAUGUAAGCAGUGUGGGGAACACUUCAUUUGCAGGUCAACUCUGAAUUGCCACCUGAGCAUACACAUCAGAGAAAAUACAAGCAAGAAAGUAUUGGGUCAGAACUCACAGCACACUGAAAAAUGCUUUAAGAAUACCAAGUGUGGGAAAGCCUUUAACCACAGCAAAUACCUGGGGCAGCAUGAGAAGACUCAUACCCAGGUGACAUCCUGUGAGCAUAGCCCAUGUGCGGAAACCUGUGACCAGAGUACUCGGCUUAUUUGCCAUCCGAGCAUCUGUGCUGCCAUAAAACCAAAUGACUGCACUGAGCCUGAGAGAUGUGUGCAUGACACCUCUGUCAGUGAGCACCAGCCUUCCCAAAGGGAGUGGCCCUUUAAGUGUGAUAUAUGCAACAGGACCUUCAAACAGAGUGCCCAUCUUUCAAAACAUCAGUUGAUUCACACUAGAGAGAAACCCUUUAAAUGCAGUGAAUGUGACAGAGCCUUCAAGCAGAGUAACUACCUCAUUCAGCACCAGAAAAUUCAUACUGUAGAGAAGCACUUUGAAUGUAGUGAGUGUGGGAAAACAUUUCAUCAGAAAUCAUGUCUUUCUAAGCAUCAGAAAAUCCACUCGGGGGAGAAGCCCUUUAAAUGUGGUGACUGUGAAAAAGCCUUCAUUUCCGGUGCCCAUCUUAUCCGACACCAGAGAAUUCACACUGGGGAAAAGCCAUAUGUUUGUCAGGAAUGUGGGAAAGCCUUCAGUCAGAGCUCGUGCCUUACUCUUCACCUCAGGAUUCACACUGGGGAGAAGCCAUACUCAUGUAGCACAUGUGGGAAAACCUUUGCUCAGAAAGCAAAUCAAAGGAAGCAUGAGAGGACUCACAGUGGGGAGGAGUCUUACGCCUGUGAUGUGUGUGGGAAAGUCUUUGUCUUCAGCACCCAUCUCAGGCAACACCAGAGAAUCCACACCAAGGAGAAACCAUAUUGUCAAGACUGUCAAAAAGCCUUUCACAGCUGCUCUGCUCUGAGCAAACACCAGAAACUUCACACUUGUAAAGUAGCAAGUAACACUGCUGAGAGCCACUUGGUUACAGCGGAGUGCCAUACUUCUGAAGGCCUUCAUCUGAAGCCAGCCAUUGAAACCAACACAUUGCAAACCUCCACUCCCCAUAAGUCCUAAUAAAAGUUGACAAGGCAGACUGGACAGAAGCAUUUCAUCUAGACCAGCGGUUCUCAACUUUCCUGAUGCUGCGACCUUCUAGUUCAGUUCCUCAUGCUGUGGUGACCUCCAACCAUGAAAUCAUUUUGUUGCUACCUCAUAGCUGUAAUGUUGUUACUGUUAUGGAUUGUUAAGUUUUCCAGUAGUCUCAGGAGAUCCCUGUGAAAGGGUCUUUCCACCCACAAAGGGGUCAAGACCCACAGGUUGAAAACUUCUGAUUUAAGAAGCUGUGCAAGUCAGGAUUUGGUAGUAGACCUUAGAGCCAGUCCACCUGAAUUGAAUUCCAGUUCUGUCUUCCUAAUUGGCCUUGUGAAAACUUUUCCUCAUCUGUAAAAUGGGCAUAAUAUCCCUAUUCCUCAGGGCUGUGGUGAGCAUUAAAUUUUGAACACCUGAUGCCUGGUACAUAGGAUGUGUUCGCUAUUGAUGAACUAUGGAUGAGUGUCUAACAAUAUAGCACAAAUACACUUUUAUGAUAAAGAUGAAAACUAGUAAACUGUUCACUGUGGUUAAUGUU